AUUGAUGCUAAAUAUAUUACUUAUUCGCAUACUUUAUUUGCGUAUUGCGCUUUUUUUAUUGCACUUGUAGUUGGAUGCUUUACACAUUAUCAUAAAAUUGUACAAAAUGAGUAUUUUGGAUAUCCCGAGGAAUGGUUUCCAAGUGUAAGUGCAACAACGGGAGAUAGAUACCCAGCUCGUGCUAUUUUUCAAAUCUUUAUUGCUUUAACAUCAGGUCCAAGAUUUGCCCUUGUAUUUUUAUGGUAUUUGUACACUACUUAUUCAGCAAAAACGGUAUCGAAAGCAUUUGGAUUAGGAUUAUUAAUUGUUGGUAUUGUUCGUACUGUUGCUUGUGGUGGUUGGGUUUAUAUCACGUCUACUGAUGAUCACUUAACUCAUGACAUUUCCAUGAUUCUUUACUUGCUAUGUACUUUACCUUGGCAAUUGGGUGUACUUUACUCGAGCUCAAGCCAGAAUCAAAUUGCUAUUCGUUGGAGAAAGUUUUUGACAACUGCCUUUUUCACUACUUUACCACCAAUGAUUUAUUUCUUUAUUCAACAUAAAGUAAAUAGAGUUCCAGGAGCUUAUACAACUUAUGCUUUCUUCGAAUGGUCUUUGAUUCUGUAUGACGUUGCUUAUGAUGCUGCCACUGCAAUUGAAUUUCAAAACUUUCAAUUAUCCAUUAUUGACAAAACUAGAAUUUCUCCAAUUGCUACAGAAACUCCUGAAGGAAGUAUUGCACCUUCCACUUUACGUACAUUGACAACCUUUGCUGGAUUUGGAACAGAAGUUUACUUGGCCUAUGUCUUCUGGUCAAUGCUUACAUCAUUAGCUUUGCUGAUUUGGUAUUUCCCUCUUUGGUAUAUGGGUAUUUCAGGUUUUGAAGCUUUCUUAUUCAUUACAAUGUCGCCUAUUGUAUUGGCUAUUGCACCACUAAGACGUUUAAUUGCUAAAUAUCGUGGUAUUUUCCAUUUACUCUCUUUAGUUGGUAUUGCCUCUUAUCUUAAAGUAGACCCUGUUUGGCGUCUUUCUUUGACAGCUGUUGGCGUUGGUCUUAGUAUUACAACUUGGAUAGCUACUUGGCUUGAAUCUAAUAAUCAUACAGGUGAUUUGGAACGCUCUAUUCUUGUUUGGUCUCUUGGUUUAAUCCUUCAUUGUGUUAUUAAAAUGGCAUGGUUUACUGAAAACCCCAUUUGGCCCAUCAUGAAUCGAAAUAAUGGUGGUCUUAAUGAUAUUGGUAUUGUCCUCGGUAUUGUAUGCUCCAUUGAAGUUCUUUUACGUGAUAGUACAAUUCGUAAAUCUACAGAGAACGGUAAGGAUUUAACUUCUUUACCCCAGCAAAAGGGAGGUAGUUCUUUAUGUGCUGCUGCUGGUUUUGGUUCCCUUUUAUUUGCCCUCCAUUCAAUGUAUUCUGAUUCUUCAACAAUUAUGCGUUGGACAGUGGACGGUUAUCCUAAUUAUGGACCUGAGCCUGUCCCUUGGGGUAUUGCUACUAUUGCUGCUUUGGGUAUUGGCCUCAUCUUAUCUUCUCAUCGUCGACUUACCACUAGCCUUGGUUGGUAUCUUGUUGGUGCUAUCUCUUGCGCCGUUUUCUACUGCUAUUCUGCAUGGACGGCCUUUUAUGCCGGUCUUAUUCUUGGCACCUACUUGAUUUCUAUUGUCCCUGCUAUCAUUCGUGCUCUUUCUACUCAGCCUCCUUUUAAGACUCUCUUUAUGUCCUUUAUGAUCUAUAAUAUUCUUUGUCUUGCUCAUGUUUGGGUUGUUGCUUAUGAGUUUGUACCUGGUGGCGUCUAUGCACGUGAACAUACUGAUUUGAUUUUAAUAACUAUGAUGUUAUUGAUUGGUUUGGGUGUAUGGAAUGCUAAUAAACAAGCUCGUAUGGACAUUCAACAAAAGAAGAUGGCUCAGUUCCAUGUUUUGAAGCAUGCACGCAUGAUGACACGUCUUAUCGUUGGUGGUCUUGUGGCACUUUCGGCUUUAAUUGCCUCUAACCGUGUUGCAAAUGCAGUUACACCUGUACCUUACACAACUACAGAAAAGUCAUUUACAGCAGGUAUUUGGACAAUCCAUUUUGCUUUAGAUAAUGAUAUGUGGGCUAGUGAACGUCGUAUGCGUGAUGCUAUUCGUGAUCUAGAAUUAGAUGUCGUCGGUUUACUUGAAUCUGAUACAAUGAGAAUUAUUAUGGGUAACCGUGACUGGGCCCAGUCAAUUGCAGAAGAAUUAGGUUACUAUGUUGAUUUUGGACCAGCCAGUAUGAAACAUACAUGGGGUUGUUUAAUGCUUUCCAAGUUCCCUAUCAUUAAAUCCGAACAUCACCUCUUGCCUUCCCCUGUUGGUGAAUUAGCUUGUGCCAUUCAUGCUACCUUGGAUGUCUUUGGUCAACCUGUUGAUUUUAUCGUAAGCCAUAAUGGUCAAGACGAAAACUAUAAUGAUCGUAUUCAACAAACAACUGAAUUAGCUCGUAUCAUGCGCACAAGCCCUAACCCAUUUGUCUUCUUGGGUUAUGUAGUUACAAAACCGCAGCAAGAAAUCUAUCAUUUACUGUUUGAUGAUGGAGAUAUGAAUGAUAUCGAUCCUAGUGAUUGGGAUCGUUGGUGUCAAUAUAUUGGAUAUCGUGGUUUACGUCGUGUUGCUUAUGCUCGUGUCAGCCAUGGUCGUAUCACAGAUACCGAGAUUCAGACGGGUAAAUUCCAGUUGGUUGAGAAUCCCCGAGAUUAUUGGAAGGCAUCUUAUGAACGUAUUCCUGAAUCUCAAGUGCCACCUACUUUAAGGUACCCUGCGAUGUUCUAUGGAGCAGGUGUUCGUGGACACCGUUAUCAUGUCUUUGAUGAGCCUCGUUAUUUUGCAAAUUAA